AAUAAAGAAAAAAUAGAAAAAAAUGGCAAAUUUGACAGUUACGUAUAUUUUGUGGUUCUGCGGAGGAAUAUUUGGAUUACAUCAUUUAUAUCUGAACCGGCCACAACAUUGUUUUAUUUGGUUUGUCACCUGGGGUGGAAUGGUGAUCGGAUGGCUUUCGGAAGUAACACAACUGAAGGACUAUGUCGAGGAAGCGAACGAGGGCAAAGAUUAUAAAGAACGAAUGAAAGUGAUAAAAACGCAUAAACCGAAGCCGGGCUUCAGUCUAGUCGUGCUAGGAGGCCAGCUUAUGAUAGGCCAUCAGCUUGGCGGUCUGAUGAUAAAUGCCGUACCAGAGUACUACACGGUAGAGACAUGGUACGGACCGUACCUUUCACAUAUCCUUGCAGCCGUUGGAGCAUCUGUUGGAGUUCAUCUAGCGUCGAAUAUAGGACCACAAGAAGCCCCUUUAUUACAGCCCCUUUUAGCUGCUGUAGCAACAUUUCCAACGGCGUUCGUCCUGUACAAUAGGAGAACUUUAUAUACUUUGUUGUGUGUUGUCGUAGCCUCGUAUGUCAGUUCCGAAUAUUCCCGAUGGGUCACGAAGAAAAAACCGAAUGGUUUCAUUGGUAAUUUGAAAACAUGCGCAUGCGUCGGACUGGGACUUAUGCUAUAUGGUGGGCUAUGGACAUCAAAUAUGUACCACAACAUGCAAGUUAACACACUAAAUGGAACCAGGAUAUAUUUACGUGAAGCAGUGUACAAUUUCGCCAAGACCCAGCCGUGGGACGAAGCGAGAGAGGUCGUACAGGACCUCAUACCCUGUUUGAAAAUGUACAGUAUGGAGACGUGCCAGUACCAGAUACUCAGCAGGCUCACCGAAUUGUCCGACCCCCAGAGGGACGCUUGGGCAUUUAGCGUCCUAGGUUUUGAGCGAUAUCCAACUCAGAAACAGGUAAACUCACAUUGUCGUAAAAUUUCGAGCAAAUGGCAUCCAGACCGCUUUACGAGAGCUAAUAAAACCGAAAAAGAAGCUGCAGAAAAGAAGUUUAUAGACAUACAGAAAGCUUGCGGAAUGUUAAGUAAACUGAAAAGCCGAAGAGAAAGAAAAAACACAUGGUCAGACGGUGGCGACCAUUCCGAAACUAUAUUCACAGGAACUAGUGACGUAAACACAGAAUAUGAUGACGUUGGUACACAAAAUAAUGGCGCUGACUAUACAGAUGAUUAUGAUUAUGAAGAUGAUAAUGAAGAUGAUUACGAAUAUGACAGAGAUAUAGAUGAAAGUGAUAUUGAUGUCGAUCAUAACGAAGACGUUAAGGAAAGAACAGAUAGUUUAUCGGAAGAAUCAAAAUGCGACAGUGACGGAGAGAUGUAGCGAAAAUUUAAGCUAAUUCCAAAGUUUAAGUGACACACAUACAAUAAAAUUCCUAUAUAUUAUUUAAUUAUUUAUUUUAUAUUGUAACAACUAACUUUGUGUGUGAAUAUAGUGUGGUUUAUUUGUUAUUUAUUAAAAGAAUUGAUGUUCCAUUUA